UUAAGGUGCCAGAUGUGAAUGCGCGCUUCUACAAGCACCGUUAAAUCAUGCUUUGUCAUGAGAUUCGAAAUGUUUCGUGAAAUGGUAUCAAAGUUUUAUGUUCAACACGUAUAAAUAGACAAAAUUUCAAAGGAAAUAAAUUACAAAAAUUUUAACAGGAAUUUGAUAACAUUUGAAACUUAAAGCGAUUUUGUGAAAGUUAGAGGUGCAUGUGCCUGGCGGUUCCGGAAAAGUAUAGCACUGACGCAGAAUUGAUUUGUAAUUUGUUAAAAACGUGAACGAAAACUGCAUUGAUAUAUUAAUAGAUUGAUAUGCCGCUACUUCGUAAACAGCCAUUUCAACGUCUUCACGUUUCUUCAGAUUUUAAAGACGAUGAUGAAGUUUUUCACUGUGAGGUUACGAAUGAAAUUUUCAAGGACUAUAAUGAAUUUUGCGAGAGAAUUAUUUUAUGUAAUUCACUUAUAUGGUCAUGUAGUAUAACUGGCAGAACAAAUAUGACCUAUGAAGAAGCUUUACAAUGUGAAGAAAAUGCAAAAAGGAGCCUUAAAGAAUUUCCUAUGGAGUUACGUAUUCCUAUAUUAUAUCUUGCCAGUAAAACAAAUAGAUCAUCUUUUAAAGAAAUGAUAGAAGAUGUAUAUCAAUUUGCAAGAGAUCGUUACUUUGUUGGUGAAAUGGUAGAAGCAAGUUUUACAGAAGAUUCUUGGUGUGAUUGUCAUGUUCUUCAAGUUAUUGCACCUACAGAACAACAAAUUAAACAAUAUACUAAAGAAAACAACAGUUUAUUACAUAGAAAUCCACAAGAUCAACAAUACCAUCCACCUGCAAAAUUAUUUCGUUAUGAAGUAGAACAGUUAGACUCUGGAGAUUCUGAUGUUAGUCAACUUAUGAUAGUGGAAGCAACUCAAGUGAGAAGAAGAAAGCAGCAUUACAGUAAAGAGCGUAAUAAAAUUUUUUUACGUCAAUUAUGUGAACAAAAUGAAACUGGAAUAUGGACUAUCAAAGAUAGUGUUUUACAAAAAUAUGGAAUUAAUAAAGUACGAUUUGACACUAUAUUUGCUGGUCCUCCUCCAGACUUUACAUCACGUAUUAAGAAACUUAUUAAACAUAAACAAGAAUCAAUAGAUAAAUUUCUUACUAUGGAUGUAGCAAAACAAAAGACAGUAGAUAAACCAGAUCCUUUCAAAAAAGUAAAUCAAGGAGGAGUAGAUAUAAAAAAAUUUCGAAAGCCAAGAAUGAAUGGAAAAUUUAAAGAAGAUCUUAAAGCAAAGGCUCUGGAAGAAAAAGCAAAACGUAAAGAAGAAAGAGUCUUGAAAAAUGAACGUAAAAAAGAAGAGAAACAAAAAUUAGCAGCUUUGACUGCAUAUAUAAGACAAUGGAAUAAACCAAGAGAGGAUCUUGAAUGUGAAGAUCUUUCUCCUAUUCCACAAGCUACACCAGUUAAGAAUAGUAUACCUAAUGAAAAAUUCGGUGACAGCGUAAUGAUUCUAGAAUUUUUAGAAUUUUUUAAUGAAGAAUUGGAAGUUGGUGCAUAUUUUCCAAAUGGUUUUACUUUUGAUUUAUUAGAAAAAGCAUUAUUAUUAAGAGAAACAUCUGGACCUUGGAGUGAUCUUUUACAAUUAUUAUUAGUAAACAUUUUUAAAUAUCAAUCGGAUGAAGAAAAUGAAAUUCAUGCUCAAGCAUCAGAUGUAGUAAAUGAUGUUAAUAUGAAUGAAGGAGUGUCAUCAAUGACAAAAGCAGUAAAACUUUCUACUAUAGCUUCUAGCUGGUGUCAGAUGUAUCAAGGUUGUAAAUUAUCUGAAUUGACAUUAGAUCAUGUAACUUUAAGUGAGAUUUUAAGACAACAUUUAUUGUCGUCCGGAGGACGAAUUGGUGACGUUGCUACUAAAUGGAGAUAUUCUCAAAGAGGUGGUUAUACAAAUCAAGAUGAUCCUGCAUUGUUGAUGAGAAUAAAUGAGGCAUAUAUUUUAAGAUUAUUAGGUCAUCGUAGUGUACAUGAGUUUGAACUGAAUGAAAAGUUAAAAGUAGCUACAUGUUUAAUAAAUCAAUUGCUCACUUUUGCUUCAAUACGAGAUAUAAUAGAAGAAAAACAUGAAAAACUUCAUCAAGCAAAAAAAGAAUUGAAAUCUUUCUUAAUAGCUGAACAAAGAAAAGAAAAAGAAGAAAAAGAAAAAAUGAGAGAACGAGAAAAAGAUAAUGAAAGUAAAAUACCAAAGAAAGUCACACGUGGUAAUUGUGAAGAGGAAAAAAAGAAAGAAGAGUAUGAAAAUAAAUUAAAAGAACUUCAACAAGCAUCUAGAGAUAAUAAAAUGAUGGUUUAUUUAGGUUCUGAUAGAGCUUAUCGUAGAUAUUGGAGAUUUUUAUCAAUACCAGGAAUAUUUGUAGAAAAUGAUGAAUGGUGGCCGGGUAAUUGUAUUUCUGAUGGUACACCUUAUCAACCAGAAUUACAAGAUGGAGAAUCUACAUAUGCAUAUUUAAAAAAUAAAUUUGAGGAUGAAUUUAGCGAUAAAGAAAAUAGUUUUAAAAAAGCAAAAAAAUCUCCUAAGAAAGUUUCAUUUUCUGACAAAAAUGCAUUUAAAUCUCCAAGAAAAGAUGUAUCUCGAAAAGAAUUUAAACAAGAAUUGUUUGAUAUUAGAAAAAAUUUAAUGGCUUGUACAGGAGAUAAAGAAUGUCCAGUGCAUUGGAAGAGAUCAGAAUUGAAGUGGAGCUUUUUUGGAAAACAAGAAGAUAUAGAAGCUUUAGUAAAUUCUUUAAGUAAACGAGGAAUUAGAGAAGGCGAACUUAGAAAUAAUAUUAUACAAGAGAUGACAAGUUUAAUAUCUGUGAUUGAAGAAUGUCCUAGACAUAAACUUAAUCCUGAAAUUUUUACAGAACCUAUUAAAGGACAUUCUAAUAAAAUUUCAAAAAAGAAUAGGUAUGAAAAUGCGAACUUAAACUUCCCUUCAGAAAUGGCAAUUGAUAAUGUUUUAGAAUUGACAUUGAGAGAUUAUAUUCUAGAUUUCGAAGAUAGAAUAAAAGGAGGGGGCUUAGGAAAUUUAAAAGUUAAUGAUCGUGAAAUGUGGAGGCAUGCAAUAAAUGACGGAAAAUAUGAUAAACAAUGCGAUAAAUUACUAUAUGGUAUAAGUGAGAUUGAAGCAGAUAGUGGAUUAGAUAAAAUUAAAAAUGAAACUAAGUAUAGUAGACCAGGAACUCCAGAUUCAGAAGUUGGAAGUAUUAAUAUAAAAACUUAUAAAGAUUCAGGAAAAUAUUUAGGUUCACCAAGUGAACAUGAAAUACUCCCAGAUCCUAAACAACAGUUAACCAUUAAACAAAUGGCUUGUGCUAUUUUACAAUUAUCUCAUGCUAUUGAGCAGAAGUACUUACAGAAACCGUUAGGUACCAAUGAAAAAGAUAAAAAAUGGUCUGGUGAAGAAAUCAAAGAAAGAUGGGAACAAUCGCUUAUUGCAUCAACAAGUUGGGCUCAAUUAUUUGUACAUUUAAGUACAUUAGAAAAUAGUGUUGCAUGGAGUAGAAGUGCAUUAAAUGCUCAAUGUCGAAUAUGUAGGAGGCGUCGAGAUGGUGACAAAAUGUUGUUAUGUGAUGGAUGCAAUAAAGGCCAUCAUUUAUAUUGUUUACAACCAAAACUAAAUUGUGUUCCAGAUGGAGAUUGGUAUUGUAAAGUAUGUAAGCCAUCAACAAAACCAAAAGAAAAAAUUAAAAAAAGAAAAAAAUUUGAAGAUGAAUUAGAAGAAGACGUGAUAUUAACCAAAGAAACUCGACAUAAUCGUGCAAAACGUGUUCUUGAAAGUGAAGAAGAAGAUAAUUCAGAAGAUGAAGAACUAGAAGAAGAUAGUGAUGAUAAUAUAAGUAAUCAACAAAUAAAUGUAUGUUCUGCAUGUAAAAGUGGUGGAAAAUUGAUCAGUUGUGAUAUGUGUCCAAACUUUUAUCACAUAGAAUGCAUAGAACCACCUAUAACAAGAGCACCUCGUGGAAGAUGGAUUUGUUCAGAUUGCAAAGAUAGGAGAGAUAGAAAGAUGAAUAUAAAAUAUGUUUUAAUUGUGUUGUUAGUGAGGGGGCGUGAAAGGGAAAGGGACAAGGAGAGACUGUGCGCUGCAGCAGCACGCUCUCGCAUCCAUGGCUUUGCCAAGAGCCUCCUCACUACAGAAUCUACAGACUGGGACGAUAGUAGUACUUCAGAGGAUACAGAACCAAGACAAACUAGAAGAGCUGCAAAGAGAGCUGCUGAAAUCGAACAAGAAGAAGAUAAGGGAACAAUUAAAGGAAGUUUAGGAAGAUUACAAGAAUUACUUUCUGAUAUUAAACAACAUAGAGAUUCAUGGCCUUUCUUAUCACCUGUUACAAAAGACGAAGUUCCAGAUUAUCAUGAUAUUAUUUCCAAUCCUAUGGAUUUUGGUACAAUUAAAUACAAACUUAACAAUAAUGAAUAUGAAACAUUAGAACAUUUCUUCAGUGAUUGUCACUUAGUAUUUGAAAAUUGUCAAGCUUAUAAUGAAGAACACAGUUCUGUUUACAAUUACGUAUACAGAGCAGGUAUGAGAUUAUUAAAAUAUUAUGAAAAACGAUGCAAAGAAUUAAGAUUGACACAUGGUGAAGAAUUACUGCGACCUCCAGACGCAAAGAAAUCAAAACUUGAAGAAAAUGGUCUUACAAUUAGCGAAGAUGAAGAUACAGAAGAUAUUCAAAAAUCAAGAUAGAGAUAAAGUGCUUUCUUGAUUCGUUAUAUUUAUUGAAUAUCAAUUUUUAUUCCUGAUACGUAAAUUAAAUGUAUCUUAAAAUUAAAUUUGUACACAUCGAUGUCAAAUUGUGUACAAAUUCAUAAUUCAACUAAAAAAGUUCUGUAAAGUAUAUAUUACUAAAAAAAAAAAGACUUGGAUUAUUCAAAAUUAAAAAUUGCUGCAUAGAAUUUAUAAAAUUUAUCUAUUGAGAUGGAUGAUAAAAUGCAAGCUUAAAAAUAUUUAAAAUAUUUUCUUCUACAUUAUUUAUCAAAUAAUAUACUGAUUAACUUUUUUUUCUUAGGCUUGCUAUAAUAAAAGGCAUAUACAGUAUUAUUUCUAGAAUUUUACGCAUGGUACAAUUGCUCUUGCAUAUCGUUUUGUAGAAAUUACUGUUUAACGUAGAACAUUUUAUAAACAAAUAAAUAUGCGCAUAAGCAAUGAAUUCUUUUCAUAUGCUUGAGCCAGUACAAGAAUA